UGGCCUCCGUGGACACAUUAGCAACCGAUACUUUUAGUGGCCUAGCUUUGCCAAGGGGGCUAGAGGUCAUCUGGAAAAUCUUUUGCUUCCAAUUGCUUUGAUUCAGGAGACCCGUUCCUUUCUUCCGCAGUGCUUUGGAAAUUCGCGCCCUCCUCUGGUUCAGGUGCAGCUGCACAGGAAGCCCUAAGGGAGAAGGCAGGUGCUUGGACGGUGGAGUGGAGGGGGGCGGUGAAGGCGCCCCCUUGAUGAACCCAGCGAUCGAACCUGCGACCAAGCGCAAAGUAGAAACUGAAAGUACACAGCCGGCAGAUCCUACGGAAGUUCUGGGAAAGGCAAAGCGCAGAGCCGGGCCGUGGUGUGUGCCGCCCCCCUUGGGAUGGAUGAAACAUCAGGCGCGGCGUGGGUGAAAAGAGCCAGCUGCAGAGACUGCCCUACCCAGCACAGACCGGGCAACUCCGCGGAAGACCAGGGUCCUGGGAGUGACUAUGGGCGGUGAGAGCUCGCUCCUGCUGCUGUUGCGGUCAUCAUGACCACGCCCGCCUCCCGCAGACCAUGUUCCAUGUUUCUUUUAGGUAUAUCUUUGGAAUUCCACCCCUGAUCCUUGUACUAUUGCCAGUAGCAUCAUCUGAUUGUGAAAUUGAUGGUAAAGAAGGCAAAGAAUAUGAGAAUGUUCUAAUGAUCAGCAUCAAUUACUUGGACAGCAUGCUAGAAAUUGAUAGCAAUUGCCUGAAUAAUGGUUCUAACUUUUUUAAAAAACAUUCAUGUGAUGAUAAUAAGGAAGCUAUGUUUCUAAAUCGUGCUGCUCGGAAGUUGAAGCAAUUGCCUAAAAUACAUGACAGUGAAGAUUUCAAUCUCCAUUUAUCAAGAGUUUCACAAGGCACAUUAAAACUGUUGAACUGCACCAAGGUUAAAGGAAAAAAACUACCUUCGCUGGGUGAAGCUCAAUCCACUAAGAAUUUGGAAGAGAACAAAUAUUUAAAGGAAAAGAAUAAACAGAAGUGUUUCCUAAAGACCCUACUACAAAAGAUAAAGACUUGUUGGAAUAAAAUUUUGAGGGGACACUAAAAUGCAAUGAAAAAUAUACAGCAGCAAAACUAAAGCAUAUGAACUCGUAUUCUCCAGGAAUUUAUCAGCUCAUGCAAUUUUGGGGGAAAGAAUGCUUCCUAGAAUUUACUGAAUGCAUCCUGACAAAAAUGGAUAAUAGCAAUUGAAAAAUCAACAAUGUACUUUUUAAAGAUGGACAUAACGAAUGGAAAUGGAAUGCUGCAAUCAACAAAUUGUUUCAUUGGUAUGUGGACAUACCUCCAUCGAUGUUAAUUCUGUGCUGAUUUUUAUAAGAAAAUUCACUUAUCAGUUGCAAUAAUAUUUAAGCCUGUU